UACAAUUCGUUUCAAAAUUCUAGUAAGCACUGAAAUUUACACCAACUCAACUAGCACGUUGAAAAUUAAUCAUUGAAAUCAAGAAACUCUAUUUAAAAUGAAUAGGAACAACCAGGCUUCCGAUUCCUCCUGGUCAGAACCGAGAAGUAUGAGCGCGACGAAUGCCUUAAUCGAUGCCAUUCGUAACAGCCGGCGGUUGAGGUUGGAUUACACACAGGGAACCAGUAACUCCCAUAUCGAUUGCCCAUACAUGGCUGCCGUCAGGGAUCAGAUUCGCGGUCAAAGAGCCAUGGAUCGCCUUUUGAACACUAAGUUGGACCGGGAUAAGCUGCCGGAAGAUACUCCGCUGCCCAUAUACUUGGCACAUAGGGAGCCCCGCAGCAUCAGUCCCCCGUCUAAGUGGGAUAAACCGAUUAUUAAAAAGCAGAAGACCCAAUAAAUAAAUUAAAUAGUUCAAUUGUUACUAAAUAGAUCUUUAAAAUUUGAAAGAAUUGUUCAAUCAAAUACAAAAGUAAAACCGCUAAAAAAGU